GCCGUCGUCUGUUUCGCCUCAGUCGUCAGCACCGAGAUGUGACGGAAGGACGGACGCCGCUUCCCUUCCACUGACACGCAUGCACUUCUGCGUUGGAGGAUGUGAUCCCGACGAUCAAAAGCCACGAAGUUAGAAGUGUGAUCGACAGUGUUUAGGAUAUGUCGAUGACCCGCGUUAAUAAUGAUGGAUCCGCCAAAGUGUGAGGGAAAGAGAGAGAUGAGUGGCGGAAGAAAAGGGAACAGCGAUGGGGGUGAUGAUCACGGGUCAAGCGUAGGAGGAGGAGGAGGAGGGAAUAAUAAUAACAAUGACACAGAAGGCGGCAACAAGAGCUCCUCACAGAUGCUUGGACUGCUGGACGAGUUUACAAAGAUUUAUUCGGAUCGUCUGCAACGCGUCGAGCAGGCAGCUUUGAAGACCGACAAUGCAUGCUACCUUCAGAACAAGGUGUGUGUGCUGGAGGCCUGGGUCCGUGACCUGGGUGAACAGAACGCGGUGCUGGUGGCCACGGUCGAGGAGCUGGAGCGGGAGGCCGGGGAGCGAGUGGCCCUGCUAGAGGACCGCCUCACGAAGAUGGCCACCACCACCAGGGAUUCAUGCCUGUCCCUCAGAGAUCAUCAGAUUCAGGUGUCCUCACUGGUAGCAGACAAGAUGGGAUUAGAGAAAGAAGCACAUGACCUUGGGGAAAAAGUGGUGGGACUUGAAAGGAAGACUUUAACCCUCAAGGAGGAGAAUAAUAAUCUACAGAAUGACCUCAACAAUCUUGUGCAGGUGAUUACACGUGCAAGACUUACAGGUCAGUGGGAAGCAGACAACCUUACUUUCUCAUGUGUCACGCCAGAGCAAGUGUUUGGCCCUGUCUUAUCUUCAUCCAGGAGGUCAUCUCAGUCACUGAAGGAGAGCCAACAUGACUACAUACAACACAUGCUGGAAGAGCACCUCAGGAAAGACAGCUCCUCCUUGAGAAGCUCACUUUCAAAUCUUCAGGAUGGAGACAGCAGCAUGUAUGGAGGCAGAGGGUCUGAGAAAGAAUUAGUAAUCAUGAAACUGCGGUCUGACCUGCGGAGCCUGCAGUCGGCCCAAGAUGAAACCAACCAACAGCUUCUUGAGAGAGAUAAACAGAUAGCAGACUUACAGAUGCAACUGACAGAGCUCCACCAUGAACUUGCAUUGUCUCAAGCGGAAGUAAACAGCGUCAACCAUACUUUGCAGGAGGUUCGUCACCGUAGCAGGCAUGAAACUAUUGAGAUUACUCGAAAGGAAGAAGUUGUACGUCAGUUACUAUCAAAGCAGACCAAAAAGGAUUCGGUUAGAGGUUCAUAUACGUCUCUUUGUGAUCUCGAUUCAGUUAUUACAGGAGAUAACAAUGUGGAAUCGCAGCUGAGUGAAAACAUAGAUAUAUUGGCUGGACGCCUGGCUGAGCUGGAGGAAGAGUGUACUCAGGUGCGUGAGGCGCAUAAUUCCCUGAAGGACACGCAUGCCCUCUGUGCCCCAACCAUUUCCAUGCUACAAGAUCAACUCGCCAGGUCACAUCAGAACCAAGUGGAGCUGCGCACAGUACUAACAGCCGAAGUGGCUGAAAGACACGACCAACUGGUGGCCCUCAGAGACAAGCUGAAAGAGGAGGAGCAGAGGCACCAUGAGACAAAGAUGCAGCUCCAACUCAAGACUGAGGUGGUUAAAGAUCUGCGGAAAGAAGUACGAGAGUGUAAGGAGAGGCCUUUAACUAAUAUUGGAAAGAGUGAUAUAAUUCAACUGGAAGCUGCUGUACAAACUUCAGCUAAGGAAAUAAAAGCUGCUGAGACACAGACAGCAGAGGAGGUGAAUCAUAUGGACAAGGGCACAAGAGAGGGACCUUCAGUGAAUGGCUUUUGUUCACAGUCGUCCCAAGUUUCUAAACUGGAGAACGAGUUGGCAGAGAAAAGUGUCCUUCUACGUGAGCUUCAAAGUCACCUGGCAGCAUCGCGUCAGGAGCUCCACCUCAAGGAUGAGACGCUCUCUAAGCUAGAAAAGAAAUUGGAUUCUGUACGUCGAGAAGGCGGACAUAAUGGAGAGAGGAUGCAGUAUCUCACGGGUCAGCUCACGAGUCUCCAGUUGGAAGUUGGGAGAACUCACGGCCAGGCAGAACACCUUCGUAGACAGGUGGAAAAGAAGACAGAACUAAUUCAGAAGAUGGAGGCAGAGAACACAUCACUCUCGCAGCAGUUGAAUGACAAAUCACUAACAUUAGAAAGAUUCCAGUCAGAGGUUCUUAAAAUGUCUACAGAGCUUGAUAAAAAGAAGAAGGAGGUUGGAGAGCAGCGUCUGACCAUCAGCUCACUUCAGGAGGCACUUGUGACCAGCAAGAGGACAUGUGAUGACUUGCGUUCCCGUUUGGACAAUGAUGUGUCAGUGCGCGACGGCGAAGCGGAGCGACUCCAGCGGGACCUGAAGGAGGCGCAGACUCUCCACCACCACACCUUCACGCAGCUGGUCGAGGCAGGUGCCCGAGCAGAGGUCCUGCAGGAGGAAAACCGAGUCCUCAGUCGCCGAGUGACGUCGCUGCUGGAGGAUGUUGACCUGUGGCGAGGGAGAGCCGAGGAAGGAUCGAAGGACCUCAACCAGGCACAGAAAGAGUGCGAGCGCGUGAAGGGAGAGCGUGAUCAGCUUCAGCGCCAGCUUCAGGAAGGCGAUAGACGUCGCCAGGAACUCCUUAGUUCUCUACAGUUGCUUCAGGGUCAGGUGCAGACGUUGGAGGAGGAGGUCACGGUCGCGACGGAGAGCCGGACGGAGGCCGAGCGGCGAGCGUCGGAAACCCAGCGGGACAACCUCGCUCUUCACGAUCGGCUGGCGGCGCAGGAGACAAGCGGCAGCGUUGAGAGACUAGGCCGCCAGCUGGAGGACACGGUGGCGGCCCUCACCAGCGCCCGUCAGGAGGCAGCUGCGAGGGCGGAGCAGGUCAGAAGGAGUCGCCAGGAGGUGGAGCAGCUGAACGAGACCCUCACCUACGAGAAACAGCUGAACGCGUCUUUACAUGACCAGGUGGAAGGGCUGGUGAAGGAGGCAGGGGCCCUUGACGUGAAGGUGGCCGAUCACCAGCAGGAAAUCAGGAGGCUGAACCGGGAGCUGCACCAGAAGGAGAGGCAGAUGGCGUCGUUGCAGACCCAGCUGGACGGCGCGAGGAGCCAGCUGGCGUCGAUGGAGGAGCUGCUCGAGAAGAAGUCCGGGGAAAAUCAGCUUCUGCAGGAGACUCGCGCACAGCUGACCGCGGCCAGGAGGGAGGUUGCCAGGGCGGAGGAGCAGGCGUCGAGCAGCAAGAAGGAACUCCAAGACGCCAGGGAGAAGAUCUCUACCUUGGAACGCCACGCGAGGCAGACGGAGGAGGAGCGCGAGAAGGAGGUGGCGGCGUUGGCGGAGCGUCUGACGUCAGCGCACGAGGACAGCGUGAGGCGCCUCGAGGACACGCUGCUCACCUACACGCGCGUGCAGGCUCAUGAUGAACUGCAGGUGGAGAGUCUGGAGGAGGCGCUGGCGGAGGUGGGAGGACGCCUGGGGCAGUGCGAGGUGCAGCUGCGGGAGAGCGAGAGGGAGCGGGACGGCCUGGCGCGGUCCCUGCAGCACGAGAUCGCCAGGAGGGAGUCGGAGGGCCAGGAGCACCACGCGCAGGUGGCUCGCCUCACGCAGGAGACGGCGCUGCUCAGGGCGCGCCUCGAGAGCGUAAAGGAGGAGACCCUGACGUGGCAGAGGCAGUGCGAGGACCUGGAGGAGCGUCAGGGCCUGGCCACGGACCCCUUGGCCGCCAGGGACCAACUGGCCUCCACCCUCCACCAGAUGGACAACCUCCGGGCGGCCCUGAGUGCGGCGAGGGCGGAGGCGAGGGCGGCGGAGGAGGAGAAGAGCCUGGCGCACGAACAGGUGCUCAGCCUCAUCCGGGAGUGCAACCGCCUCGAGGAAAAGAUCGAGGGCAUGACCAAGCAGAAGAUCAGGCUGGAGGAGGAACAGUCAAGCCUCAAGAAGGAGCUGGAGAUCUCGAGAAGCACCCCCGUUCUGACGAAGGACCCAGAGCAGGAGAAGGAGGAGAGCCUUCUGAAGGAGGAGGUCGCGAUGCUGAAGGAGCAGCUGGAAGCGACGAAGAAGGAGUUGAAAGAAGCGACUGAGGCGGACGGGAGCAACCAGCUGGGGCAGAUGGAGAGCCAGCUGGGCGAACAGCAGCUACGGGCGGAGCUGGCCACGGCGAGGCGCGAGGUCGGGGAGCUGCGGCGCCUUCUGCUGGAGCGAGAGAGCGAGGCGCGACUCAACAUGCUCAAGGUCACCACGCUGCAGAGGACGCUGCAGGACCGACAGCACGAGGUAUCUGGUCUCGAGGAGAAGCUGCAGGAGGCCCACGCGGACGCCCACAAGUACGAGGUGGAGGCCGAGGAGCUGCGGGCGCGGGCGGCGUCGCUGACCACCCAGAUCGCCCACGCCCACGCGACGGGCCGAGACUCCGCCCACCCACGCCCUCAAACACAGGAGGUGGAGGCACUCGAGGAUGAAGUUUCGAGGUUGAAGGGAGAGCUGGCAGCCAAGGUGGAGGAACUGAAGCAGGCUGGAGAAAGGGCCGAAAGGGAGGAGGCCAAGAUGAAGGACCUGCAGCAGGACGUCUGCCGCCUCACUCGGGCCCGCGACGAGGCGCUCAGGAAGAUGGUGUCCCUGGAGGCCUCCCUGGGCGAGAGCGAGGCGGUGGUGGAGGCGGCGCGGGUGGUGGAGCGCGUGUGGGGGUCGCAGCUGCAGGCUAUCGAGGAGGAGGUGUCCCGCCUGGCCUGCGAGAACGACCAGCUGAAGGAGUGCAACGCCGACCUGCACCGCCAGGCCUCGGAGGCGCAGCAGGAGGGCGAGCAGCUGAGGGCGUCGCUGAGGUCGAGGGAGAGCCAGCUGCAGGAGUUGCAGCAGGCGAGGGAUCUGCUGGCUAAUGAUGCGCAGGUGGUGGUGGCGGCGGUGAAGCAAUGGCUGCACGAACAGAAAACGACCAACCUCAAAAUGGCGGGAAAACUCCACCAGACCAACAAACAGGUGCUUCUGCUCAAUACCGAGAAACAAGACCGGGCAAAGUGGGCGGCGUGCUCGUGGGCGGCCUUGCUUCCCCGCGAGUGAUCUCUCCCGUUGUGGGCGUGACAUCACCUCGGCUUCCCUCGGCCACGCCCUCUCACGACAGCGUCUUGGGAUUUGGCAACCACGCCGACUGCAAGCCUGAGGAUGGGCUGAGUACGUGCUCCUCGGGCAGCAGCAGCAGCAGUGGGUGCCAAGUGCCCGGCCCCGACAUCCCCGGCGCCUUCCACCUGGACCGACUGGCCUCGCUCGCCGAUUCUCUUCUGGUUACGUCUAGGAACGUCAGCAGGUCAUCGGGAUUCGAGUCCGGGUCAUAUCACGGCAAGGUCACCUCCGCCACGUCUCUUACUGACCUCGUGACCCUUACGAGUCCGGAGCACACGAGGUCGAGCCUCCAUCACGGCAAGAAGUUCUCGUGCUCCACAGGGAACCUGACGAGCCUCUGCCCCGCGCCCGCCGCCUCCUCGCCCACCUCCAAAUACGCGCCCUACAGGGUGAGUGACAUCAGCUCCCUCCUGGCCUCCCCUGGGUCGAAGGUCAUGAUGGCGGGGCGAGGCGGCGAGGUCAUCCUCGGGACGCCGGUCCGAGAGCGAAGGUCCUCGCACCAGAUGUUCCUCACGGACAGCAUCGAGGAGACCGAAGAGGAGACCUACUCGGUGCAGGACCUCGAUGUGUCGCCCCUCGCGAAGGACUCCCGCGCGACGCCCGCCCGCCAAGCCCCCGAGCCUCCGUGCGGGUCCCAGGCCACCCAGACCUCCAUCCGCGUCUCCGCCUGCACCCAGACCAACGGCGAGUCCGCGCGCGACCAGACCCUGGAAGUCUUCCCAGCGGCGGCGGACCAGGGGGAGUCCUCGGCGUGAGGGCGGUCGGGGAAUCGGGGGGGGGGGGGGGGAUGAAUUCUGUCAAGGCAGAGUUCUGGCUGUGAGAGCGCGCGCACACACACCACACACACACACACACACACACACACACACACACACACACACACACACACACACACACACACACACACACACACACA